UCUCUUACUAACACGGAAACAUAAGAGAUGAAGCCAAGGCUUGAAUCCAGAAAUAUGGUGAAAUGUUGCCUUCCAAAUUCAAAACUCUACCAUCUAGCUUUGGCAUUGUGUCUUAGCUCUUUAUGUGAUACAAGGGUGGGUGCCUCAAUUCAUGAAUACAAGGAUGGUGCUUUUAUUCGUCGUUACAAUUCAUACUUCUUUCAUGGCGGAAGUGAAGGCCUUUACGCAUCCAAAAAUCAUGAUGAUAUCCAAGAAGACAAGCCUGUCAAGGGAAAAUCGUUCAUCAGGUUUGAGUCCAUAAUUUUUAGAAGACCGAAGGAGUCAGCAGAAAGGAAGAAUGAAAUGCAGCAAAAAACAGGAUUGCUGGAAGCUUUAAUAGUUCCAAUCAAAGAUAGAGACAAGAUUGGUGGAUCUUAUCUCAACUCCACCGCAAUAUGCUGCACUCCAGAACUCGCCAACAGCGGUUCUUGUAAAGUAGGAGAAGUAAUUAUUCACGACGAUCCAAACAGCUCCCCAGACGGACCAAAGAGACUUCAGACAUUCUUCGAGGGAAACAAUGAAGUGGCCGAGAUGGUUCUUCAGACAGUGGAAAUAACCCAUGACGGAAUGUACUAUCUCUACUUUAUGUUCUGUGAUCCAGAACUACUUGGAACGACGAUAAGCGGAAGAACAGUUUGGAGGAACCCGGAUGGAUAUCUCCCUGGAAAGAUGGCACCUUUGAUGCCUUUCUCUGGUUUCAUGUCACUAGCUUACCUUGGACUUGGACUCGUCUGGUUUCUUUGGUUCACACGCUACUGGAAAGAUGUCAUACAGUUGCACUUUCACAUUACCGCAGUUAUAGGUUUGGGUAUGUCUGAAAUGGCUCUGUGGUACUUUGAGUAUGCUAACUUCAACGCAAAUGGGAGUCGACCGGCGGCCAUAACCUUUUGGGCAGUCACAUUUAGUGCCGUUAAAAAAACUGUUUCUCGUCUUCUCUUGCUAGUGGUCUCCAUGGGGUAUGGUGUUGUGAGGCCAACACUUGGUGCUUUGACGUUGAAGGUGCUUCUUCUUGGUGUGGGUUAUUUUAUGGCAUCUGAAGCACUUGGGUUGUUUGAGAAUCUAGGUAAUAUUAAUGACUUCUAUGGGAAAGCUAGACUUAUUCUUGUGUUGCCAGUUGCUGUCUUGGAUGCCUGCUUUAUUGUCUGGAUCUUCUCGGCAUUGUCCCAAACCCUGGAGAAACUUCAGGUGAGAAGAAGUGGAGCAAAGUUUGUGUUGUACCAGAAGUUCACCAAUUCUCUUGCUGCAUCAGUUCUAGUGUCCAUUGCUUGGAUAGGUUAUGAGUUGUACUUCAAUGCGGCCGAUCCGUUGGGAGAGUUAUGGAGAAGAGCAUGGAUCAUCCCAGCUUUCUGGGCUUUGCUAGCAUAUAUGCUUUUGAUUGUUGUAUGUGUUCUUUGGGCUCCCUCCCCUAAUCCAACAAGGUAUUCAUAUUCAGAGGAGAUGGGAGAUGAUAUCGAAGAUCAGGAGACUCCAUUUGUAUCGGGUGGUGGAGUUAAAUUAGGGGGUGGAGAUGUAGCAAGCAUGGCAAUGUUGGAGAUCAGAAAGGAGAAGAAGCUAUCAACUACAUUACCACCACCACCACCACCUGCUGCAUCAGAGUACUACGUUUUUCGACUUGGCGAAGAUUUGGAGGAAAACAAAAGGGAGUAAAUAGGUCAAAUAUAGCAUGGGUUAACUAAUUCAUUAACUACACGAUUGAAAAGACAGUGAUUCACAAAUUAUGUCACGGAGAUAGUUGGUAUAACAGGUGGAUGUCACAUGAAGUGAUGAAUGACUAGUCGCACACAGUUAGCUCCAUUCUUACAAACAGGGAUUCAACCCUUUAACUCAUGAUUGAAGUACGAUGCGAACUUUUGCCCAAAAAAAGAGUCUGAGGCGACCAAACCACUUAUUAAUUCCUUCAAUUUGGAGAUGGUCUUUCCCAAUGCCUGAUCAUGUGACGAUUGCAUUACUUAUUUUGUAAUAAAUAUUGACAUUGGGUAGUGAUGGUUGUUCUUUGUAUCUAUGUCCUAAGA